GGCCACUACCCAUUGCCUCUUGAAGAGCUCGCAACUUCAGUACACAUAUACCUACAGCUACUGGUGUUUCUUUUUCAUAUUAUUUUUUUCAAAAAUUUAGAUUCGCUCCAAAUUAACCGGUGUUAUGAAUUAGAAAAACCCAAGAUUGAAUUAAUUGUUUCACGCGAACAUACAUUUUUUUUGUAAAAAUGAAAUUGGCAAUUUUUUUCUUCUUAUUGUGCACUACAGCGAGUUUAGCAGAUGAACCUGCCAAAGUAGUCUGUUACUUCAGCAAUUGGGCAGUGUACAGGCCAGGUCUUGGAAGAUAUGGGCAAGAAGAUUUACCAAUUGACUUAUGUACACACAUUAUCUAUUCCUUCAUAGGUGUGGAAGAUAAGGACUGGAGUGUCCUUAUAAUAGAUCCAGAGCUGGAUGUUGACAUGAAUGGGUUCAACAACUUUACAAGUUUGAAGAAAAGCCAUCCGAAAGUUAAAUUUAUGGUAGCAGUAGGCGGAUGGGCAGAGGGUGGUUCCAAAUAUUCCGCAAUGGUCGCAGAAAAAUCACGAAGGGAUAUUUUCAUCAGGAAUGUAAUUGAUUUCAUGAAUAAAUAUAACUUCGACGGUUUUGACUUGGACUGGGAAUAUCCAGGGGCAGCAGACAGGGGUGGUAGCUUUUCGGACAAAGACAAAUUCUUUUAUUUCGUUGAAGAGCUGAGGCGUGCUUUCAAUAAGGAAGGAAAAGGCUGGGAAAUCACCAUGGCUGUUCCUGUGGCUAAAUUCAGAUUGAAUGAAGGAUAUCACGUACCAGAAUUAUGCGAACUUGUUGAUGCUAUCCAUGCUAUGACAUAUGAUCUCAGAGGAAAUUGGGCAGGUUUUGCAGAUACCCACAGCCCUCUCUACAAAAGACCACACGAUCAAUGGGCUUAUGAAACUCUCAAUGUGAAUGAUGGCUUGCAACUUUGGGUCAACUAUGGUUGUUCUCCUAAGAAACUUGUUGUUGGUGUUCCAUUAUAUGGUAGAAGUUUCACGUUGAGUAACAGUAAUAAUAAUUACAAUUUGGGAACUUACAUCAACAAAGAAGCUGGAGGAGGCGACCCAGGUCCUUACACAAAUGCUUCAGGCACCUUGGCUUAUUAUGAAAUAUGUACCAUGGUCAAAGAUAAAUCUGCAGGAUGGACCAGAAAAUGGGAUGAGUAUGGAAAAGUACCAUAUGCCUACAAAGGAAACCAAUGGGUUGGUUAUGAAGAUCCCGAGAGUGUUAAGAUAAAAAUGGAUUUCAUCAAAGAAAAAGGUUACGGUGGUGCCAUGGUGUGGGCGAUUGAUAUGGACGAUUUCCAUGGGCUUUGUGGUCCAAAAAAUCAACUAAUGACUAUUCUUGCAGAAACCAUGAUGUCUUAUAUAGUGCCACAACCUACCGUUACUACUACUCCCAGAGCGGAGUGGGCAAGGCCCCCAAGUACUCCUUCUGCAGAUGGAUCGGGUCCAGUGGUUACCGUAACAAAGCCUGGUCAAUGGAACCCUUCGCAGACUCAAAGCACCACAACAUAUAAACCUACUUCCAACCGACCUACCACCUCAUACCAAACCAGUUCAUCGCCCAAACCAACAAUGCCAUCAAAACCAGCAGCUUCUCCUUCCAAUGAUAUAGAUGAGGGAUGCAGUCACUCCGAAGACUUUUUACCCCACAUCGACUGCACUAAGUACUACCGCUGUGUCCAUGGCAAAAAGAUGCAAUUUGAUUGCAAACCAGGCACUGUAUAUCAAACAAUGACCCAUAUCUGUGAUUGGCCUGCAAAUGCUGAUAGAGACGAAUGCAGGAAAAUAUAAUUCUUUCGUACUGAUAAUUUAAUUUAUUUUAUUAUAGUUAAUCAUUGCACUGUGUAGAACAAUUUCAAUGUAUUUCAUGAGAUUAAUAUAAUUUAUUAGACUGA